AUGAAGUUUUUAUAUUUAACUUUCUUGGUUUUACCCGCUGCUUUACUGUGUUUCCAAAGUGCUAACACAAUUCUAGCUCAUGCGGAGGAAGAUGAGCUGGAUGAUGUGGUUGAUAUUGAGGGUGAGGACAACCAGGUGGUAGGAGAUGAUGCCCUUGGAGAUGAUGAUGACUCUAUUAUCAAAUCUUCGCAAGACGUUGAUACUACCAUACUGUUCACUAAGCCCAUUCCCAGCUAUGGCGAUAAUGUGUUUGACCUCCAAGCUGGCUUUCCUGUGGAGUUCCUUGUUGGAUUCAUCAACAAAGGUAGCGAUGAUUACCUUGUUGAAACUAUGGAAGCGUCCUUCAGAUACCCCUUGGACUACACUUAUUACAUCCAGAACUUCACAGCACUGCCUUACAACAGAGAAGUGAAGCCAAAGCAAGAGGCUACCUUUGCUUAUUCCUUUAUACCCAAUGAAGCAUUCGCUGGACGUCCAUUUGGAUUAAACAUUCAACUCAACUACAGGGAUGCUAGUGGGAAUUAUUACCAGGAAGCCGUGUACAACCAGACAGUUAACAUUGUCGAAGUAUCAGAGGGCUUAGAUGGGGAGACAUUCUUUUUGUAUGUGUUCCUCGGUGCUGCCUGUGUUCUUGUAUUGGUGCUUGGCCAGCAAGCCCUUUCCUCGCUCGCUCGUCGCCGCUCUCCACGCGCUGCGCCCAAACCCCUUGAAACCGGCACAGCCAAUGACGUUGAUUAUGAUUGGCUGCCUAAAGAAGUUGUUAAUCAACUCAAAAAAUCUCCAAAAACACCAAAACAGUCACCCCGCAUGAGGAAAGCAAAGAGAUCAGCGGGAGAUGAU